CUCUCUCUUUCUCUGUGUUGCCGACCCAAAAGUCCCUUCGAAAAUCUCCAUCGCUUCUCUCUUCCCGUGCCCCACUCCGUCCGGUCAACCCCCAUGGGAGGCGGCGCAGCGAUGAGGUCCGCCGCGGCGAAGGUCGUGGGGAUCGGCGGCGUGCUUCGCCGGGCCCCCGCGCCCCCCGCGGCCCCGCAGUCCGUCCGGAGCGCCUCCCGCUCCGGCGGGGUGCCCGCCAUCGCGUCGGCGAAGGGCGGCGAGGUCGCCCCUGGGGACGUCCCCCAGGCGGCGGCGCAGAUGCCGGCGUGGGAGGUGGACGACUGGGAUUUGGCCGCGUUCGAGGAGGGGCCGGCGGGUGAGCCGAUGGCUAGGGUUGUGUUCGGAGGCGUGCCGAGCUAUGAUGAGGCCAAAGCAGCGACUGCUGAAUUGAAGGAUGCUAUUGACAAGGUAUAUCUGUCAUCCACAAGCACCGCUGGGUGUGAAGAUCAACUUCCAGCAGACCAGGCCUCUGGUCUACCCCUUCUUGCAAAUUCUGUUGAGACCCAAUCUUUAGUUAUCGGUGAUGCUCUGGCAGCUUAUCCGGCACCCAAACAUGCUGUCCAGGCUUUUACUCUGCUGAGUCAAAGUCCUGUUGCUCAGAGUGUCGUUGCUUCACUUGCUAGUGAUCCUAACUUCUGGAGUGCAGCUAUGCAAAAUGAUGCUGUCAAGGACUUCCUCCAAUCACAAAACUCCACAGGUAUUCAGUUGCCAUAUAUGGAGACAAAAGUGGAGGAAUCUGGUGAUGAUGCUCUUUCUGAUGAUUGGAAAUCGCCAAGGAAGGUUGAAGAGAUUUCUGAAGGUGGCCACGACAAUGGACUCAUGACCAUCUUGCGGAACAUCAAGCUUUCAGUGGAGGAGAUGGUUAGCAACAUACCCAGCUUCCUUGCUAACAUCUUCAGUCUCCCAUCUGCGGAGAAGACCUCUACGAACGAGGGAAAUGCUGGACCAGCCUUCAACGAGAAAGCUUUCGGAGUGUCUUUCAUGGGGUUGGCUCUGCUGGCUAUUAUCAUAGUCCUUUUAAGGCGAGGCUGAGCUCAUGAAAUUUGUCGAAGUUACAAAAGUUCUAGUUUGCGAUGCAUUGAUUGAUUACGGUCAGGGAAAAAUGUUGUCGUAUGGGAUGAUGAUGGAAAGAUCGGUGUUGUAUGUUCAAUACACUAAAUAAGAAUGUACAGCUUGCAUUGCACUCA